AUGCCUACUCAUCGUCAGGCCUACGCUGCCGUACGAAAUGACACGUCACAGCCUAUUUAUGCGGUUGGUUUGGCUCAUAAAUAUAGUGACAACUACAAAAAUGCCGGCCAAUGGGGGAUCAUUCAGCCGGGACAUCUUAGCGGCCCGGUGCUCGUUGAUUACAACACCGGUUUCUUGACCACUGGCCGUGACUGGUGGAAGGUUACCUGGUCCACUCAGGACCAGUCUGGCCGGACGCUUCACUAUUCAGACCCAGAGAACUUUCGUGACAUCAUCGACUGGCUUGAAAAGCUCGGGCCAGAUGUUAUCUCUAGUGUGGCUGGUGCUGUUGCUGCGAUAGCAACUGCUGAGUCUGGGCCAGGUGCAGUGGUAGCCGCUGCGGGCGCAGCCGCUGCUGCGAAAAUUCUUACAGACGCAUUCCUCAAUACAGAAGGUACAGCUGGAUUCAAGCAGCACAUCUUGACGGACGAGGAUGAGAAUGCGACUGCGCAAAUCAUCAUCCACGAGGACACCACCAUUACCAUCAGAUCGAACUCGGGGACGUCGGAAACCAUUUCCUCCAAGCAUAAACUGUAA